UGGCUUGUCGUUGGCUGAAACUGCUGCACAACCUGUUUGUUGAUCGCUCUAUGUGGCUUAUUAACACCCCGAGUCUAUAAUAAGCCGGGUUGAUAUCUCAGGGGGGCUUUGACUUGCCGUCGCCAGGAAGAGAUAGCUAACUGUCUGACAGCAGACACAACAACAUAACGACUAUGUCCUAAGCUUGUAUUUGGCGACGGAAUCACACAGAGAGGUUUUUCAAAUGUAGCUCGUUAGCUAGCUGCGUCGCGUACAGUGUACACACAGCCUUUUUUGUUCUGCUCUAGGACAGUCUCUGCAUGACAAAUUAUUACCGAUGUUAAGUAUAGAGCAUAAAUAGCGGGUGUUUUGCCGAAAAACGUGUCAAGAAUAAUUCCUGGUUGUCAGCCUAAGCCCCGGGGCUAACCCCCGGUCGCCGACCGAUUUAAUGGCCGGAAAUCCGAGGAGGGGCGCCGGUCUCAUCGGCUUGAUGAAGGACGCCUUUCAGCCCCACCAGCAGCCUAUCCAGCCUCACCAACCUGCUGUGGUCGAUAAGAAAAUGGUGGAGAAAUGUUGGAAACUCAUGGAUAAGGUGGUGCGUUUGUGCCAGAACCCCAAGGUGGCAUUGAAGAACAGCCCACCCUACAUCCUGGACCUGCUUCCAGACACCUACCAGCACCUACGCACCAUCCUGUCCCGGUACGAGGGCAAAAUGGAGAUCCUUGGGGAAAACGAGUAUUUUCGUGUGGUCAUGGAGAACUUGACCAACAAGACUAAGCAGACGAUGAGCCUUUUUAAGGAGGCCAAGGAGAGGAUGUAUGAGGAGAACUCCCAGCCCAGGCGAAACCUUACCAAGCUGUCUCUGAUCUUCAGUCACAUGCUGGCAGAGCUGAAAGCCAUCUUCCCCAAUGGCCUGUUUCAGGGCGACAACUUCAGGAUCACCAAAGCUGAUGCUGCUGAAUUUUGGAGGAGGUCAUUUGGGGAUAAGACCAUUGUGCCAUGGAGGACAUUUCGUCAGGCUCUCCACGAGUUUCACCCCAUCAGCUCAGGCCUGGAGGCCAUGGCCCUGAAGUCCACCAUCGACCUCACCUGCAACGACUACAUCUCAGUCUUUGAGUUUGACAUCUUCACCAGGCUCUUCCAGCCAUGGUCGUCUCUUCUAAGGAACUGGAACAGUCUGGCAGUCACACACCCUGGUUAUAUGGCCUUCCUAACCUAUGACGAGGUCAAGGCCCGACUGCACAGGUUCAUCCACAAACCUGGCAGUUACAUCUUCAGGCUGAGCUGCACCCGGCUGGGCCAGUGGGCAAUCGGCUACGUGACAGCUGAUGGGAACAUCCUGCAGACCAUCCCCCAUAACAAACCACUUUUCCAAGCCCUCAUUGAUGGAUACAGAGAGGGAUUCUAUCUGUUCCCAGAUGGCCGUGCUCAGAACCCAGACCUAACGGGGCUGUGUGAACCUUCUCCACAGGACCACAUCAAAGUCACUCAGGAGCAGUAUGAGCUGUACUGUGAGAUGGGCUCCACUUUCCAGCUUUGUAAGAUCUGUGCAGAGAACGAUAAGGAUGUGAAGAUCGAGCCCUGCAGGCACCUGAUGUGCACCUCCUGUCUGACUGCCUGGCAGGAGUCGGAGGGUCAGGGCUGCCCAUUUUGCCGCUGUGAGAUUAAAGGCACAGAGCCCAUCGUGGUGGACCCUUUCCACCCGAAGGCCAGCGGGGCUUCCUUCGCUGGUUUCCAGGGGUCCAGCAGAGCAGAAGCUGCUGGGAAUGAUGAGGAAGAAGACGAUCGCCUGGAGGACCAGCACCUUGUGAUGAGUAGGCUGGCCUGCACCAAGGUUGAGCGUCCACCAUCUCCAGUGUCUCAGCUGCCUCCAGUGCCCCCCAGACUGGACCUCUUGCAGCAGAGACCCUCCAGCUCCCACAGUGCACUGGGCCAGGGAGCCACAGCCAAGAUGGCAGCCACUCACAGAGACAAGCCUCUACCUCUGCCUCCAGCCCUGAGAGAGCUGCCCCCUCCUCCCCCUCCGGAGCGCCCCUCCCUGGUCGGCCAGGACUCCAGAGUCCAGAGGAGACCCCUGCCCUGCACCCCCGACCAGCCCGCCUGGGCUUCCAACUACAUGGUGCCACGUCCUGCAACCAAGGCCCCCUCAGCCCUGUCCUCCGCCCCUCAGAGCAACGACGCCAGCGGAGAGGGAAGCAAACCCCAGUCAGCCACCAACGCCGUCUACUGUCUGGCUGCAAGGUCUCUGCCAGCCUCAGCGGUGAUGAGUGGGGAGAGGCCGUCGUCAGACUGCGAGGAGAACGAGUACAUGAGCCCCACCUCUCUUCCAGCCACUGGUGCUCCCUGGGUAAUAACAGGCUCCUUGGUGCCUCCACCACCGGCCCAGGCAAACCAACACAAUGACAUCAGCAGUGAGGUGGGUGAGAGUGACUCUGAGGACCCCCAGGUCUACGAGUCCAUGUGUAACAUCCAGGCCCAGGCUGGUUCAUCUGAGACAGCACAGACCUCAGAUCUGGACCUCCCUCAACGUUCGGCCGUGGACUCCCAGGACAAUAACGAGGAGACCGGUGUGGAGGAUGUUUACGAGUACGACUGUCCCAGACCCGUCGUCCCUCCGGCCCCCACCAGAAGAACCCUGUCGGACGUCAGCGGCCCCUCAGCUGCCUUCAGCAGCCUCAGCCUGGAUGGUGCAGUAGAAACAAGUAUGUUUGCACCAGUUAUUGACCCCCCUGUCUCCCGUCCCCCGAAACCUCUCCCCCGGCGAGCCAACUCCGACCGACGGCCUCGGCCUGUAAACCGUGAAUAUUCUGCUCCGCUGCCGGACCUCCCUGGUGCCUCCUCCUCUGCCUCGGCCUCUUCCCCUCCUCCUCCUCCUCCCGCGGGCCCUGGGAACCUGGCCCUCAAUGGGGAGAUUGAAUGCCUGAUGUCCCAAGGCUACUCCAUCCAGGACAUCCAGAAAGCCCUGAUGAUCGCCCAGAACAACCUGGAGACGGCCAAGAACAUCCUGCGCGAGUUCGUCUCCAUCCCCUCCACGGCGCACAUCGCCACAUAGUCGCUCCAGUGACGCUCAUCCUCUCGGUCUCGUCUCUGUCUCCACUCUGUGCCAUUAUCAUGGAUAGCAUUUACCAAGCACUUUCCUGCAGGGCCACAAGUACUUGCCAAAAGGUUUUACUCAGAGGAGCAAUGCUGCAUUCAUGUCGUAUCAGAAGACGAACAAGAUAACAACAGCUACAUCAAGUUUUUAAUCCUUGAAAUACCCAUAAAAAGUCCUUUUUUUGCUUUUCUAAAAGGAAUUUUAAGAUGAAAAUAUAUAAUUUUGAUUAACCUGGGCUAUUGUUAUGCCAUUUCCAAGUAGUUGACAUUGAAACCUCAGAAUCUCGAACUUUUAGUUUGUUUGAAGGAGCAGCUCAGUCGUAGAGGCACGCAGCAGAUCUGAUACGACCUGAACGCAGCAUUCACGGAGAGUCAAAGCCUUGAAGGUGAGCUCUCUGUAGCGAAGCUUUGACGCCCCGCUGUACUUGGCUGAGGUCGACUCGUGCUGUGGCAGCCCCCCCCCCCUCCUCAGUCUGAGUACCUUCUCUCAUUAAGCUACGUGUUGUUGAACAGUCGAGGCAUCGCUGUGUGUUUGACUCGGUGUCCCGCUGCAGGCAGCCGUUCAGUUUGGUGCUUUACAAGCUUCUUGGGCAAAAUUGUGGCGUACGAAUAUGUAGCGACACGAGCUCGGUCGGAAAUUUAGUGAUUAACUCCGUGGCGUGUGUGUGUGUGUGUGUGUGUGUGCGUGCGUGCGUGUGUGUGUGCGUGCAUGCGUGUGUGCAUGUGCUCAUGCUGAAGAAUGUGAAUGUUCAGUUGCAGUGCAGUAUUGCAGGGCUUCAUGUCGUACGCGUCACUGUGGCUCGCUCCGUUUUCGAUGGUUUUUUGACAAGUUGAACACGACUCCAUAUCUCCUCGCAGCUCCCGGAUCAAUGAUGGUUCUAUAAUGAAAUAACAAGUUUAAUGUUUAAGUACUCUCAUAACGUGUUGUGCUGUGUGUGGUACUAACAAUGGCAGAAUUUUUUGAGAAGUUCAUUCUUUCAUUUAAUUCCCUGGUUUCCUGCCGCCUGUGGAGGUGGCCUGUCACUGAAGGCUGAUUUAUUUAGUCAAAAGCUUAUGUAUACUCAUAUAGUUUCUUACUAAAAAAAAGUGAAAAGACUUUAACAUGAACUGUUAGAUUUCCUCUUACAUGUUUAUGAACCCACGUUUCAACCCAGAACAGCUUCACUGGGUUUAGUGAAAAAUCAAAUUGAAGGGAUUUACACUGAGCUCUAAAGCAAAAAGACUGAAGGUGGUGUGAUGUCGCGUGGACUCAGGUACUCAGCAUUAAGCCGGGGUUGUAUGUACUGAUGAAUGAACCGAUGCUGAAAGGACACAUAGGGAUGAUGUAAUAAUGUUGGCAGUGUUGUGGACUCAUGACACCUUCUUACAGAAACAUUCCAGUGAUUCAGUUUUCUUGCUUUUUGUUUCCUUACUCGCAUUAGAUUUACCACAUAACUUGUUAUAUUUCAUACUUUUAAAACCAUUUUGCACUUUUUUUCCACCCAAACAUCAUCAACUUCCUCCGAUUUCACACUCUUCAGAUUCGGUUACAAUAAUCAGACGUAUUACAUUUCAGUCACUCAGCAGCUCGUGAAAGUCGUUACAGGGCGAAUGUCGAAGAUACGAGUUCGCUGGUUGGUGUCCGAACCCUCGAAGCAGUUUAAGAUCACGAUUAGUUGAUUAAUCGAUUAGUAGAUCGGCAGAAAAGUAAUCUGCAGCUAUUUGAUAAUCGAUUCAUUAUUUAAGACAGUUUCUAUUGAGCAAAAAAUAUCAAUAUUAUCACAUUCCAUAGUUUCAGCUUUUCACUUGUGUAGUUGCUUUAUUCGUCUUUGAAGACGUCAGCGUGGGCUUUAGGAAAUUAUAACAGGCAUUUUUUUAUGGACAUUUUAUAGAUAAAAUGAAUAAUCGAGGAAAUGAUCAGACUAUCACUACGUGUUGGAACAAAUUAUGCUCUUGUUUCUGACAGAGUUUUGUUGCUGUAGCAGCAGCACCUAUCUGACAACAGUGAUGUCAGCUGGUCGGUCCAGACUGAAAUAUCUCAACAACUAUUUUGAUGAAUUGCUAUGAAAUUUGAUGCAAACAUUCAUGGUCCCCAGAGGAUGAAUUCUGCUGACUUUAGUGAUCCUCUGACCUUUAGCGCCACCUGCAGCUUAAGUUUGUACUGUAGUAAGUUUAACCGUACAAAUACCUGCAAAACUAAUGACACCCAUCAGCCUCAGCUCUACUGUGUGUCCAGUAAUUUUCACAUUAAUCAUUGGUCUUGUUAUUGUGAGCGUGUUAGCAUAAUGAUGUUAGCAGUACCUAAGUACAGCCUCACAGAACGGCUAGUUUAGUAUUUUUUUUUUCCACCUUGAAAGUUGCUAAAGAGAUUGCCGACCAUCUAGUGAGAGCGUAUCAUCAACAGUCUUUCUGUAAAUAAUUGAAUGACCUGCUGAGUGAUGAAAUGAGUUUGAGUUGGAUCAGGACCGGUCCGAGUCUCGAGUCCUCCAUUCAGAGUCAUCAAGUGGACUUCAUUCACAUCCAUUCUCCGACUAAAUAUCCAAAUGAACAGCAAACUAAAUGCUUGGGAUAGGGUUAGUUCUGAAGUGGUGGACUUCACUCAGGCGUUUAGAUUAGUUUCCAGUGGACCAACAGGCACCACACCUUUACCUUGAUGAUACAUCAGCCUAUCAGAGGGCUUUUGAUGUCAUCUACACGAGGGCUUGUAUAUUAACCCAACCACAGGCACAUUUAGAGCAAAGAUGAAAAGAUGUCAGAGUCAUCAAAGCAGGGAGUCUCAUUCAUCUGAUCUGAGUGCAGGGCCACAUCAGUGCAGAAUACAAAUGUGUAGUAAGAGAAGCUCCAUUCACUGUAAAAGAAGGCUGUUCCUUAGUAAUGUGCACAUUUAGGAACACAACCAGAUACAAGACGGGGCUGAGCUUCUCGUUUCCACUUUCACAUUAACAGGAAAACACGUCUGAUGUUUCCUGUUUGCCUAUGGGUGCAAUUUCUCCUUUUUCUCUUCCAAAAUAGAUCUGCAGUGGUCACAUGAUUUCUGCAGUAAAACACACACAGUAAAUGUGCCUUCUGUCAAUCACAGCCUGCACAUGACAGCAGAGAAACCAAAACACUUAACUCCACAUUUACUGCUUAAAUGAAGUAGAAAUCUACACGGCUUCAUUUCAUUCAUUCCUGACAGUGUUUUGUCUCUUUCAGUAACAAAAUAUUAGGAGUUUGGAGUUGGUUCUAAACAUGGGAAAUGUUGGGCCAUUCGACAGAAUCACAGGAGGUAUCAAAAACCGAUAAUUAGAGUCCAAUCAAAAAUAUUUGAGGGUUAAAUAAAUAGUUGUUAUGGACGUUUCACAUAAAUUCGGUAGAUAAAAAAAAUUGUGAUCAAACUUUUUAGAACAUUGAAAACAUAGUGCACCCUUGUGGACAAACUAUGUUAUAGCAACAGUUUCUAAAUGUCUGUAAUCAGAUCAUUGUCAGGGUAGUGCAGCGCAUUUAUCAAAGGAGAUUUAGUUACAGAAAAGUCCGCCUAAUGUCAUUAAAGUACUUCAGAUACAUUGAUGUAAAACAAAAAGGAAAUGCAGUAAAAUGAGCAACAGCUCAAACCAUGUUGGAACAGUGAAGUGUAGAUUGAUCACAUCCCUGCAGACCGAGGCUGAGGUUGGCGAGUCUGGCCUCUCACUUUUCUGUCUUGCUGUCAGUCCAUAGAAAUCUUACAGCUUUAAUUGCCCCAGACCAAAAGCAUUUCAAAGCAGCAAGCUGCCCCUUCAUGUUGCCCCCCUCAGCUCGUUUUGAUAUCCAGAGGAUGUGUCGUCAGUCCUUUGGCUUUGUGCUCUCUUGAUCUCAGCGUUUGAACACUAACAGGGACUAACUCUUGACCAUCAAAGUGCCGCUGUGUGAGGAUACACUUGAGGCUGACAUCACUGCCAGAGGCUCUGCUGGCUCACACAACGCACACACACACAUAAAGUACACACACACACAGUACACACACACACACAAACAUUUCCCCUCAGAGUCACUGGUUAAUGAUUUAUGUGGUAUAAUCAUGUUAACUAGCCUUUUCAACAGGAACUUGCCUACUAAAAAGUUGUCUUCAUGGCUUCGUUAUUGCCUGUGUAAAUAUGAUUUUAUUUAUUGUCUUUUUAAUAUCCUCAGCAUUCAUUGUGUUGCCAUGUUUUCAUGCCUAAGCCAUUAAGAUUUUUAAUUAAACAGUAUUUUCUUUAA